AUGAGCUCCAGCUCGCUAUCAUCUUCUGUCGCUUCGUCCUCGUCAAGCACCAGCUCUUCAGUAUCUGCGGCACCGACGCCUGUCCGUAACUUUGGCAAACGUGGCCUAGCCUACAACCAGGCAAAUCUUACCAUGCCAUUUUCUCUCAGUGGGCAGAAUAGCCAGGUCUCUUGGGCCUACGAUUGGUACUUUGCACCAUGCAGCACUGCUGGUGUACACGAUUGCGGCUUCAACCCAGCACUUGAGUUCGUCCCUCUGCUCUAUAACAACGAUCCUAACCUUUUGUCUCAAUGGCCCGCCGCAGCCCAGCUCGCCAUCGAUAACGGCUCGGAAGCCCUUAUGUCCUUCAACGAACCUGAUUUCUGCAUUUCUGGCAGCGCUUGUAUGAACGUAUCUACCGCAGUCUACUAUCAUCAACAGUACAUGCAACCAUUCGCUGGUAAAGCUCUGAUCGGCGCCCCUGCCGUUACCAACUCUGGUAGCACCGAUGCCAACCCCAUGGGCUUAUUGUAUCUGCAAUACUUCUUGGGCAACUGUACAGGCUGCACCAUUGACUUCAUCAACCUUCAUUGGUACAGCAACAAGUACGCUGGUGCUUCCUACCUUGAAUCGCACAUCAACUCUGCCCGUGCCAUAGCCGGAGGACGACCUAUCUGGAUUACUGAGUUUGGUUUAGACAGUACGUUCAGCUAUACUGAUGCCGAACUGCAGUCUUUCUUGCAGCAAGCUAUGCCAUGGUUGGAUCAGCAGCCCGAUGUCGCUAGAUAUGCUUACUUUAUGGAUGCACCUGGGAUUCUGAUCAAUAGUGCUGGCAAUGGGAUCAGUGGAACAGGAAUGGUUUACAACAACUUCACCAAUUCUACGCAUCAGCCUAAUCUAUACACCUGA